ACAAUAACAGAGACUGUGCUGUUCCUGGUCCAGUACACAUCCAAAGAGUUCGACCGGUCAGAGAAGACGGUGGCCACUGGGGACUGCUGUUACCUCAACCCAUUGGUGCGCAGGACCUUCCGCUUCCUUGGAGUCUACACCUUUGGCCUCUUCACGGUUGACAUCUUUGUCAACGCAGGCCAGGUAGUGACAGGUAACCUCGCCCCCUACUUCCUGACGGUCUGUAAGCCAAACUACACGGCACUGGGCUGCCAGCAGGCGCUGCGCUACAUCAGCCACCAAGAGGCCUGCACGGGGAACCAGGAUGACAUCCUGCGGGCCCGUAAAACCUUCCCAUCCAAGGAGGCCGCACUCAGUGUUUACGCUGCGCUCUACCUGGCU